AUGAAUAGUAAUAUAAAAAGCACAGACUUGAAUAGAUGGCGACUAAAAGUUGAGCAUGGUAGACAGACAUGGCAUUAUUUAGACAAUGAUGAUGAGAUUAAAAAUUGGCCUCAAUCUAUCGUUGAUAAGUAUUGGAUUGGAUUACCUUAUUUUUUUAAACAAUUACAAACUGAUGAUGGCCAUUGGGCAGGUGAAUAUGGCGGGCCAAUGUUUUUGAUACCAGGUCUUAUUAUCGCAAUGUAUAUUACACAUAUUCCUAUCCCUGAAGUUUGGAGAAUUGAAAUUAUUCGAUAUUUGGUGAACAAAGCAAACCCUGUUGAUGGUGGAUGGGGAUUGCAUAUUGAACAUCAUUCAACAGUAUUUGGAACUGCUUUGAAUUAUGUUGUACUUCGUAUCUUGGGUCUUGAUCCUGAUCAUCCAGUAAUGGUAAAGAGUAGGGCAACUUUGCACAAACUUGGAGGUGCAAUUGGCGUGCCUUCAUGGGGAAAAUUUUGGUUAGCAAGCUUAAAUGUAUAUGAUUGGGAAGGGCUUAAUCCAAUUCCACCAGAAUUAUGGCUUCUUCCAUAUUUUGUACCAUUUCAUCCAGGUCGUUUUUGGAUUCAUACACGUGUAAUAUACCUUCCAAUGGGGUACUGUUAUGGACGUAGAUUAAGUGCUGAAAUUACUCCAUUAAUUGAGCAACUUAGGCAGGAAUUAUAUAUUCAGCCAUAUGAGACAAUUAACUGGUCUAAAGCCCGAAAUAAUAUUGCAGAAAUUGACCUUUAUGCACCGCAUACCAAAUUAUUGAAGUUUUGCAAUUAUAUAUUAAAUAUUUAUGAAAAAAUUCCUAAUUUAAUUGGACUUCGAGAUAUUUCUCUUCAAGAAAGUUAUGAAUUAAUUAGAUGUGAAGAUGAAAAUACUGAUUAUCUUGAUAUUGCUCCUGUCAACAAAGUAUUACAUAUUCUUUGUACAUAUUAUGAGGAAGGGCCAGAUUCUGAAACAUUUAAACUUGCCAAAGAAAGAUUAAUUGAUUAUAUGUGGUUAGGACCAGAAGGAAUGAUGAUGUGUGGUACAAAUGGUACUCAAGUUUGGGAUACUGCAUUUGCAGCUAUUGCAGCAAUUGAAACAGGACUUGCGGAUGAUCCAUCAAAUCAUCAAUCAAUGAUACAUGCACUUGAAUUUUUAGAUGAUGCACAAAUAAAAAAGAAUCCUAAAGAUUCUAAAAGGUGUUAUCGUGAUAACACAUUAGGCGCUUGGGGUUUUAGUACUCGUGAUCAAGGAUAUAAUGUUUCAGAUUGUGCUGCCGUAGGUAUUAAAGCUGUACUUAGUCUUCAGAAAAAACUUAAUUACACACCAGAAUUAAUACCUAAAGAACGGGUUUGUCAAACUAUUGAUAUUUUAUUAUCUAUGCAAAAUACUGAUGGAGGAUUUGCAAGUUAUGAACGUACUAGAGGUUUUAAAAUUCUUGAAUGGUUAAAUCCUGCGGAAGUUUUUGGAAAUAUUAUGGUUGAAUAUAGUUAUCCAGAAUGUACAUCUUGUGUUUUAGCUGCUUUAAAUGCCUUCCAAAAAUGGUAUCCUGAUUAUAGGGCUGAUGAAAUUAAGAAAAUUUACAAAAAUGCAAUUAAAUACUUAUAUGAUUCUCAAUAUGAAGAUGGAGGCUGGUAUGGUUCUUGGGCUAUUUGUUUCACAUAUGCUACUAUGUUUGCUAUUCAAUGUCUGGAAAGCUAUGGUGAAACAUAUGAAAAUAGCCCAGUAGUUAAAAAGGGAUGCGACUUUUUAAUUUCUAAGCAAAAAAAAGAUGGUGGUUGGGGUGAAUCUUAUAAGUCAUGUGAAACAGGAACUUAUGUACACCAUAAAACCUCUCAAGUUGUAAACACUGCCUGGGCAUUGCUUGCUUUAAUGGCAGGUAAAUAUCCAAAUGAGGAACCAAUUCGACGUGGUAUUAAGCUUAUUGCAUCACGACAAUUACCAACAGGCGAAUGGAAACAGGAGGCUAUAGAAGGGGUAUUUAACAAGAAUUGCGCAAUUAGUUAUCCAAAUUAUAAAUUUAUUUUCACUAUUUGGGCAUUGGGCAAAUAUGCCAAAAUUUACAAUAAUCCUGUAAUUUUAUGA